CAUUUAUUGAGCAAGUAUUUAGAAAAUUCUUUUCAGAAUUCAUCAGCAAAGUAAUUAGUUAUCAAAAUAAAGAGCACUCAUUAAGAAGUAGUUAAACUACGCUUUUUUAAGCGAAAGCCACGAUUCUGAUCGUGGACCAAUCAAGCUUGGCCACGACCUGUCAAAUACGUUUUUUAAACAGCUGCCUGUUUGUUGAUGAUUAGUGAUACGUAAGCAUACGCAUACUUAAGAAGAGCCGGGUCCCUCGAUGUUUAUUUGAGCCGGUAUUUAUGAAAUCUGAAAUUAUGUAUUUUUCAGGUUUAUUGUUUCUCCAAGCUGUUUUCACUCUAUCAUUUGCAUUUUAUGAAAAUAACAAUGAAGUUGUUGAACUGAAUCCGUCUUCUUUCAACUCUAGAGUGGUGGAUAGUGAUGAUAUAUGGAUUGUUGAGUUUUAUGCACCAUGGUGUGGUCAUUGUCAAGCUUUAGUGUCAGAGUACUCUAAAAUGGCAGCUGCUGUAAAGGGUAUUGUAAAAGUAGGAGCUGUAAAUGCAGAUCAACAUCAAACUCUUGGACAGAAGUAUGAAAUUCGAGGAUUUCCCACCAUUAAAAUAUUUGGCUCUAAUAAAAAUAAACCAAAAGAAUAUUCAGGUCCUAGAACUGCUCAAGGAAUGGUUGAUGAAUUAUUCAAAGAAUUGAAAAUACAAGUGCAGGCUAAACUAAGUGGCAAGAAAAGUGAUAGCAGUGGUGGAGGCAAAAGUCGUAAAGAAGGAGAUAAAAAAGAUGUUAUUGAACUGACUGAUUCUAAUUUUGAAGAAACAUUAUUGCAAAGUAAAGACAUGUGGCUAGUUGAGUUUUAUGCUCCUUGGUGUGGACAUUGUAAACGCUUAGAACCCCACUGGACUGAAGCCGCCACUGAGCUAAAAGGAAAAGUUAAAUUAGGCGCAUUAGAUGCUACUGUUCAUACAAUAAUAGCCAAUAAGUAUGGUGUAAAAGGAUUUCCUACUAUAAAAUUCUUUCCACAAGGUGUUAAAGAUGGAUCAGCUGAAGAAUAUGAUGGAGGUAGAACAGCAUCAGACAUUAUAAAUUGGGCUUUAGAAAAACAUGCAGAUCUUGUGCCUCCUCCUGAAGUCUUACAAGUCACAAAUAAUGAAAUAUUGAAACAAGCCUGUGAAGAUUCUCCCUUGUGUGUCAUCAGUAUUUUACCUCAUAUUUUGGACUGCCAAUCUGCCUGCAGAAAUGAAUAUCUUGACAUCUUAAAGAAAGCUGGGGAACGUUUCAGAAAGAAUAGAUGGGGCUGGAUUUGGGCCGAAGCAAUGGCACAACCACAGCUAGAAGACUCUUUGGGCAUUGGUGGAUUUGGUUACCCUGCUAUGGCUGUUGUAAAUGCUAGGAAAAUGAAGUUUUCAAUUCUUAGAGGACCUUUCAGCUUUGAUGGAAUUUCUGAACAUAUUCGAGCUGUUUCUGUUGGACGUGGUAGCAGUUCUCCGAUCAAAGGUGCUAAAUUACCAGAAAUUACUGACAGUGAACCUUGGGAUGGCAAAGAUGGACAAUUACCUGUAGAAGAAGAUAUCGAUUUGAGUGAUGUUGACUUUUCUGAUGAUGACUCGGACACACAAAAACGAAAAUCUGAACUCUGAGAUGUGAUUAUAGAACUUAAAUAAUUGUGCAUUACAAAUCACUACAAUUGAUUUCAUCUAUCAUUUGCUACUAUUGUCUCAUCAUCGAGAAGUGCGGAAAUUGUUUGUUCUUUCCGAGACAGGCCAGUGCAAAUCUAACAAACUUCUGGAAGUGCUUUAAUAACAGAAUUAUAGUUUAUAUUGAAGUAAACUUUAUUUUAUGAACGUCUGCAUUGUUUUCUAUUUAUUUUUUAACAUUUGUGUCACUGUGUAUCGUUGUCAGAAGUUUGUCAGGCUAGAUCUCACCAACGUUUGAUUCUCUUCCAUUGGAACCGUUGGCCGUGAUCACAAAUGUCUUCAUACUUAACUAUGGAUCAAAGCUGUUUUCUUUCCUUUGUCCAUGGCAAUGUUUUGUAAUAAAUAGAUUUUUCUAUUA